AGCAGCAUCAGCAGCCGCAGAAGAAAGAAACUGUCAGUAUUAUUUUGUUUUGAUUAUUAAUGAGUGACGAAAGUUGCUUCGAUAAAUUGAGCAGAAGAACCUAAUGAACCUAAAACGGGACCUGGAGGCUAAUCAUUCGGCGCUAUAUGUGUGCGGGAUAUGUCAAAAAGACAUGAACAGGUUUCAAUUAAAUUUAGUGGACAGGUCGACUUCGGGUCAAGGAAGAGCUGAUCAAAUUUUGGCUCAGCUCCAGAUCAAAGCGCAGAGGUUCGCCUGCAAUCACUGAUCAAAGCAGCCAAUGGAGAGAAAAGAAGAGAUUCUACUGGCACAACAGGAGUGCAACCAUAUUCUGGACCAGGAGGAACAAAAGCCUCCAAACAUUAAAGAAGAAGAGGAGAAACUCUCAGUAAAUCAGCAAGGACAGCAGUGUAACCAUAUCGAGGAUGCUGAUAUUAUCAAGUUCACUUUCACUGGUGUUCCUGUGAAGAGUGAAAAUGAUGAAAAACAGUCAUUGCAGCUACAUAAAAGCCACCCUUUACCAAAAAUCUCAACUGAAGACAUGAAAGUAGAAGCUGAUGGAGAGGACUAUGGAGAACCAGAGCCAACUAGCAACUCAGGUCUGGAUUGUUACUUGCAAGCAGGCACUCAUGACAAGAUUUCAAACUGUUCUGAAGUGGACACUGAUGAUAGCUAUGAGUGGAAGAACAUGGAGCCGCACUCAGGUUUAGACCCUUUGAGAACCUGUGAAAUCUUUCAAAGUAAUAGCAAAUGUGAAACUGCCAGGAAAUCAUUCAGCUGUUUGGAAUGUGGAAAAACAUUUUUUCACAUGGGUAAUUUGAAAGAGCAUAGGAGGAGUCAUACAGGAGAGAAACCAUGUAGCUGCACUGAGUGUGGCAAAAGAUUUGGGGGAAAAAGCAAUCUGAAGAGACACAUGAGAAUUCAUACAGGAGAGAAACUAUUUAGCUGUUCUCACUGUGGUAAAAGAUUUGGCCUAAAGAAAAGCCUGAAGUGCCACAUGAGCCUUCAUACAGGGCAAGAUGUAUUCAUCUGUUCUCAGUGUGGUAAAGAAUUUGGUCUGGAGAAAAGCCUGAAGUGCCACAUGUGCCUUCAUACCGGACAAAAUGCAUUUAUCUGUUCACAGUGUGGUAAGAAAUUUGGGCAAAAAUGUGAUCUGAAACGGCACCUAAGAAUUCAUUCAGGGGAAAAAUUAUUUAGCUGUUCUGAAUGUGAUAGAAGAUUUGGACAAAGGAGUGAUUUGAGGAGACACAUGAGAAGUCACACAGGAGAAAAAUUAUUUAGCUGUUCUGAGUGUGGUAAAAGAUUUGGGCAGAAUGGUGAUCUUAAAAGGCACAUGAGUAGUCAUACCGGAGAAAAAUUAUUUAGCUGUUCUGAGUGUGGUAAAAGAUUUGGGCGAAAAGGUAACUUGAAAAACCACAUCAGAAUUCAUACAGGAGAGAAACCAUUUAGCUGCUCAGUAUGCCGAAAAAGAUUUGUACAAAAAGGUGACCUGAAAAACCACAUCAGAAUUCAUACAGGAGAAAAACCGUUUAGCUGCUCUCACUGUGGUAAAAAAUUUUGCUUAAAAAAUAAUAUGAAAAACCAUAUAGACAUUCAUACAAGAGUAAAACAUUUUAGCUGCUCUGAGUGUGGUAAAAUAUUUAGACAGAGGGUUGAGCUGAAACGACAUCUGAAAGUUCACACAGGUGAGAAAAUAUUUAGCUGCCCUGAAUGUGACAGCACAUUUGUCCACAAAAGUAAUCUGACUAGACACAUGAAAAUUCAGUGUGAAUUUUUUAGGAAUGUAGACUCAGUUCAUACUGAAAAUUCAGCAGCAGCUACAGCAUUAAAACAAACGGAGACAAAACCACAUUCUAGCAGUUUUAACUAAACAGCUGAAAACACAAGGUAGUGAAGAAAAGGUUAAUUUGUGAUAAAGGACUCUGACAAAUUUCAAAUAAUUGGCCCAUUCUUGUUGAAUCACUAAAAAAAAGAUCUAUGAUCAGCUGGCUGACUCAGGAUCCCCUGAUUUUGGUCAUGCCAAUCUAUAUACUUGUAUUAAUAGCCAAGUGGCCUCUGUGCGCGUAGGUGUGCAUUUGUAUGGCUUUAAUCAUGGACAAACGGGAGGGCUGACAUUUGCUGUUUGGUUUGCGUAUGUAUUUUGGGUCAAGGAAGAACAGUGUAAAAAUGGAAAGUUUAUUGGACUAAUAUUUUUGGAGAAAUUAGGGAUAUUAGGUGUGGAUGAAUGGAUGUCUAUAAUUACAUUCUGGACUCACACGGCAUUCCA